UCCAGUGAAGACGCCAUUAUGUAAGAAGACAGCAAACCAAACAGUUGUUUAAAUGUCUAUAUAUAUUAUUUAAAAUAUUAAAGAAAAUGUUGUAAAAGUUAAAAGUGUUUGUUUUAAACUUGCUUAAGAAGAAGGUAAAAGUAUUUAGUUGUAGAAGUUUCAGUUUACGGGAGUACUUGCAUCAUUUUCAACAUUCCUCCGUAAAAAGAGAAUCAAAAUGAGUCAACCGGCAAAAGAUCCUGCACCCGGUGAAGGAAUUCGUUCUCUAAAAAGUACUCCUAUAUUUCGCGCUAUAAACUUCGAACUCUACGCUAAACCGAAUAUAGUGAUAAUGGCCCUUGGCGCUGUUGCAAUAACAGGAUGCGCUGGUUAUAUAAUUUACAUGCGCUCAAAAUACAAAGCAAUGGGAUUUUAUACUGCCGUGGAUUCUGAUGGUAGUGAAAGGUUUAAGAAGAAAGUUUCAAAAUGGACAGAAUGACGUAUUUAGCAAGCGUUUUUUUUGCCACGCCAAAUACACAAUGUAAAUAUUUAAAUAUUCUACGAAAUGUAAAUAUAAUUUUUAGUCUUUAAAUAAUCAUUACGUAGAUAUAAAAUUUA